AUGCAUAUUGAGUUGGCAGGCCCGGUUAGUAGGUCAGGCAGGCAACGUGGGGUCGCGGAGAGGCCUUCGCUCGCCUGCGGUACAGAGGGAAGCGCGGGAGAGUCCGCGAGAGCGGAAGCGGCCGCGGUGCAGCGCAUCUGGGUCAAUGGUAGCGGAGCGGGCCGCGCGGCGCGCCACGGCCGCUGCAAGUGGGUCGGUCUCCCUCCCCUCCGGCGUCCCGCCCCGCGGACCCUUGUCUAUUGCGCUUUUAUUGCUAUGCGAUUAUUACGAAUCCGUCCUACCUGCCACCUCCGGCCUCGUCGUGCCGGCUCUAACUGC